UAGUUCAAUUUUCCAUUCUGGGGCACAUAUCCUGUCUCAUAUUCCGACUCUGGGCUCCUCGACGCCAAGGCACCCCAACUGUUGCAAGCCACUGCUCUGGAGUGCACACCAGGACUUGGCCUGGGUCCAGAUUUAGAUCCCUCUGCUCAGCCUGAGUCCAUCCUGUGAAAAGAGAGCCCAAGAGUGAGUGGUAACACAGAGGUGCUACGGUUGGAGGCAUAGCCAGACCAUCCAAUGGGAUCAGGGAAGCUGGCUCAGAUGUUGCUGGGAUGGGUGGUUGUGUGCCUCAUGGCGGUCCAUGUGGCGUUUGGUGAAACUGCAAAUGGACCGUACCAAGCCAGCCGCUUCACCGGCACUACAGACCAAAGAGAGGCGCAGCGGGUUCGACGUCGUGGCCAGGAGACUCUGAGAGGGCCUAAUGUGUGUGGCUCUCGCUACCAUUCAUACUGCUGUCCAGGCUGGAAGACUCUGCCAGGAGGGAACCAGUGUAUCGUUCCUAUUUGCAGGAAUUCAUGUGGUGAUGGCUUCUGUUCCAGACCCAACAUGUGUACCUGCUCCAAUGGCCAGCUCUCUCCCAACUGUGGAGCAGCAACAGGAGUUCAGUCCUGCAACGUCCGGUGUAUGAACGGAGGCACCUGCGCAGAGGACAUGUGCUCCUGCCCGAAGGGCUACACGGGCAACCACUGUGGACAGCCUGUGUGUGAGAAUGGCUGCCAGAACGGUGGGCGCUGCAUUGGACCCAGCAGAUGUGCCUGUGUCUAUGGUUUCACUGGCCCGCAGUGCGAGAGAGACUACAGGACUGGGCCAUGUUUCACCCAGGUGAGCAACCAGAUGUGUCAGGGUCAGCUCAGUGGAAUUGUUUGCACCAAAACCCUCUGCUGCGCUACCAUUGGCCGAGCGUGGGGCCACCCCUGUGAGCAGUGCCCUGCCCAGCCGCACCCCUGCAGACGAGGCUUCAUCCCCAACAUCCGCACCGGGGCCUGCCAAGACGUGGAUGAGUGUGAGGCAGUGCCAGGUCUGUGUUCUGGAGGUAACUGCAUCAACACUGUGGGAUCCUACGAAUGUAAAUGCCCCGCUGGCCACCGCCAGAGUGAAACCAGCCACAAAUGUGAAGAUAUCGACGAAUGCAGCAGCAUUCCUGGUGUGUGUGAUGGAGGAGAUUGCACUAACACUGCUGGUAGCUAUGUCUGCACCUGUCCACGAGGCUACAUCUCUAGCACAGAUGGCUCCAGAUGUGUGGAUCAUCGUGUGGGCACCUGUUUCUCUGCUCUGGCUCAUGGCCGCUGUGCUGCAGAGAUGAGUGGUCAGUACAACAAGAUGCAGUGUUGUUGUGACACAGGACGCUGUUGGGCUUUGGGACAGAUCCCUGAGAUGUGUCCUGUCAGGGGUUCUGAUGAGUUUAGGCGUCUGUGUAUUGUGGGUGUUCCACAGGGGCACGGUCUCCCUAAUGGCUACCCCAAUGGCCACGGUCUUACUCCUAAUGGAUUUCCAUAUUCAAAGUUCCCCACUGGGCCUGGUGGUAAUGCUAAUGGAGUCAGCGGAGGAAACAACCAGAAUAUAGAGAGUAUUUCCUUUCCCAAGAAUGACACCAUAGACGUAUGCAAACAUUUCACAAACUUGUGUCUGAAUGGACGCUGCAUUCCCACACCCCCAAACUAUCGCUGCGAAUGUAACAUGGGCUACAGGCAGGAUGUUCGUGGGGAGUGUAUUGAUGUGGAUGAGUGUGUGAAUAAUCCAUGUAUCAAUGGAGACUGUGUCAACACACCUGGGUCAUAUCACUGCAAAUGCCAUGAGGGCUACCAGGGAACACCCACCAAACAAGCCUGCAUCGAUAUCGAUGAAUGUAUUGUGAAUGGAGUGAUGUGUCGCAACGGCCGCUGUGUCAACACUGAGGGAAGCUUUCAGUGUAUUUGCAAUGCUGGCUUUGACCUCACUCCUGAUGGAAAGAAUUGCAUUGAUCACAACGAAUGUGCCACCACCAACAUGUGUCUCAACGGCAUGUGUAUUAAUGAGGACGGCAGCUUUAAGUGCAUCUGCAAACCUGGUUUCCAACUAGCACCUAACGGACGCUACUGUACUGAUAUUAAUGAGUGUCAGACACCCGGCAUUUGUAUGAACGGCCGCUGCAUCAACUCCGAGGGCUCCUUUCGCUGUGAGUGCCCACCGGGCCUGGCGACUGAUAUAGAUGGAAGAGUGUGCGUGGACACACACAUGAGGACCACUUGCUACGGCGCCAUAAAGAUGGGAACUUGCUCGCGUCCGUUGCCUGGUGCAGUGACCAAGUCCUAUUGCUGCUGUGCCAACCCUGAACAUGGCUUUGGAGAGCCCUGCCAACCCUGUCCCUCCAGAAACUCAGCUGAGUUCCAGGCUGUGUGUAGCAGUGGUAUUGGCAUCACAACUGAUGGCAUAGACAUCAAUGAGUGCGCCCUGGACCCAGAUAUUUGCCAGAAUGGCAUCUGUGAGAACCUGAGAGGUAGCUACCGCUGUAUCUGUAACAUCGGCUAUGAGUCCGACACCAGUGGCAAAAACUGUGUUGACAUCAAUGAGUGUCUGGUGAACCGUCUGCUUUGUGACAACGGUCUCUGCAGAAACACUCCCGGCUCCUACACCUGCUCCUGUCCUAAAGGAUUCGUCUUCAAACCUGAUUCAGAGACAUGUGAAGAUAUCAACGAAUGUGAUUCCAGCCCCUGCAUCAAUGGAGUGUGUCGUAAUGUGGUCGGGUCCUUCAACUGUGAAUGUGCCCAUGGCAGCAAGCUGGACUCCACCAACACCAUCUGUGUGGAUAGUAUGAAAAGUACGUGCUGGCUGACAAUACAGGACAGCCGCUGUGAGGUCAACAUCAACGGAGCCACACUGAAGUCUGAGUGCUGCUCUACACUGGGAGCCGCUUGGGGCAGCCCCUGUGAACCCUGCGAGAUCGACACUGCCUGCUCUCGAGGAUUUGCUCGCAUGAAGGGCCUUAUCUGUGAAGAUAUUAAUGAGUGUGAGGUGUUCCCUGGAGUGUGUACAAAUGGCCAGUGUGUGAACACCCAGGGCUCAUUCCGCUGUGAGUGUGCUGCGGGUCUCAGCUUGGACAGCACUGGACGCACAUGUGUGGACACGCGUAGUGAGCACUGCUACUUGAAGUGGCAUGAGGAUGAGUGUGGUGAGCCACUGCCAGGCCGGUACCGUGUAGACAUGUGCUGCUGUUCGGUGGGCGCUGCCUGGGGUAUCGACUGUGAUGAGUGCCCCAAACCAGGCACACCUGAGUACAGAGCCAUCUGCCCCAGAGGGCCCGGCUUUGCCAACAGAGGAGAUAUUCUGACUGGCAGACCCUUCUACAAAGAUGUGAAUGAGUGUAAGGUAUUCCAGGGUCUGUGUACUUAUGGAACUUGCCGAAACACCAUCGGCAGUUUCAAGUGUCGCUGCAACAACGGCUUUGCUCUCACCACUGAAGAAAGGAACUGCACAGACAUCGAUGAGUGCCGUAUCUCCCCCGACUUGUGUGGUCACGGUACUUGUGUCAACACACCUGGCAGCUUUGAAUGUGAAUGCUUUGAGGGCUAUGAGAGCGGCUUUAUGAUGAUGAAGAACUGCAUGGACAUUGAUGAGUGUGAGAGAAACCCCCUGUUGUGUCAUGGAGGAACCUGUCUAAACACAGAAGGGAGUUAUGAGUGUGAAUGUCCCAUUGGACACUCACUCAGCACUGAUGGCUCUGCUUGUGAAGAUAUGAAUGAGUGUCAGCUGAGUGACAACUUGUGUAAGAACGGCCAGUGUGUCAACGUGCCAGGGACGUACCAGUGCUCCUGUGACACUGGUUACCAGGCCACACCAGACCGACAGGGCUGCGUUGAUAUUGAUGAAUGUACCAUUAUGAAUGGAGGCUGUGAGACCCACUGUACCAAUUCGGAGGGCAGCUACGAGUGCAGCUGUAGUGAGGGCUAUGCCCUCAUGCCUGAUCUCAGGACCUGUUCAGAUAUUGAUGAGUGUGAGGAGAGUCCAGACAUCUGUGACGGAGGCCAGUGUACCAACAUUCCUGGGGAAUAUCGCUGUCUGUGUUAUGACGGCUUCAUGGCUUCCAUGGACAUGAGGAGCUGUGUUGAUGUGAACGAGUGUGAUUUAAACCCAAACAUUUGUCUCCACGGUGACUGUGAGAACACCAAAGGCUCAUUCAUCUGCCACUGCCAGCUGGGAUACUUUGUCAAGAAGGGGUCCACAGGCUGCACAGACAUUGAUGAGUGUGAGAUUGGGGCUCAUAACUGCAACAUGCACGCUGCCUGCAUCAAUAUUCCUGGAAGCUUUAAAUGCCGCUGUCGAGAUGGUUGGGUGGGAGACGGCAUCAAGUGCGUGGAUCUGGAUGAGUGCUCCUCAGAGGACCACAACUGUAACCCCAAUGCAGACUGUGUCAAUACACCCGGAUCCUACAGAUGUACAUGCAAAGAGGGUUUUAAUGGCGAUGGCUUUUCAUGCUCUGACAUGGACGAGUGUGCAGACAAUGUGAACCUGUGUGAGAACGGACAUUGUCUGAAUGCGCCGGGUGGCUACCGCUGCGAGUGUGAGAUGGGCUUUACACCCACAGAAGACAACAGAGCUUGUCAAGACAUCGAUGAGUGUAAUUUCCAGAACAUCUGUGUGUUGGGAACGUGCCAGAACCUUCCAGGGAUGUUCCGCUGUGUGUGCGAUGACGGUUAUGAGCUGGACCGCAGCGGAGGAAACUGCACUGACAUUAACGAGUGUUCAGACCCUGUGAACUGCAUCAACGGACUGUGUGUGAACACUCCAGGGAGCUACAUCUGUAACUGCCCAGCUGACUUUGAACUCAACCCCACUGGAGUGGGCUGUGUGGACACCCGCGUUGGGAACUGCUUCCUGGAUAUCCUUGCACGUGGUGAUGGAGGAAUCUCCUGCAGUGCAGAGAUCGGAGUGGGCGUGACCCGAGCUUCCUGUUGCUGCUCCCUGGGAACAGCCUGGGGUAACCCCUGUGAACUGUGCCCUGCCUCCAACUCCACGGAAUAUAAGACUCUUUGUCCAGGAGGCGAGGGAUUCAGACCCAACCCCAUUACUGUCAUCCUGGAAGAUAUUGAUGAGUGCCAGGAGCUGCCAGGUCUCUGCCAAGGUGGAAACUGCAUUAAUACCUUUGGCAGUUUCCAGUGUGACUGUCCAGCAGGCUACUAUCUCAAUGAGGAGACGCGCAUCUGUGAGGAUAUUGAUGAGUGCACAGUUCAUAUUGGGAUCUGUGGACCUGGCACCUGCUACAACACUCUGGGCAACUACACCUGUGUGUGUCCACCUGAAUAUAUGCAGGUCAAUGGAGGAAACAACUGCAUGGACAUGAGGAAGAGUGUGUGUUACCGUAACUUAAAUGACACAUGCGAGAAUGAGCUGCCCUUCAACAUGACCAAGAAGAUGUGCUGCUGUGCCUAUAACGUGGGAAAGGCCUGGAACAAGCCGUGCGAGGCCUGUCCUAUUCCUGCUACCUCUGACUACCACAUUCUGUGUGGUAACCAGCCUCCUGGCUUCAUCAUUGACAUCCACACUGGCAAGCCAAUUGACAUUGAUGAGUGUAGGGAGAUCCCAGGUAUCUGUACCAAUGGAGUGUGUAUUAACCAGAUUGGGAGCUUCCGCUGUGAAUGUCCUAUGGGCUUCAGCUACAACAACGUACUGCUCAUCUGUGAAGAUAUUGAUGAGUGUAACAGCGGGGACAACCUGUGCCAACGUAAUGCCAACUGUAUCAACAUUCCAGGCAGCUACCGCUGCGAGUGUUCGCCAGGCUUCAAAUUGUCCCCCACUGGGGCCUGUUUGGACCGCGAUGAGUGCCAGGAGAUUCCUAAUGUAUGCAGCCAUGGCAGGUGUAUUGACACACAUGGCAGUUAUCGCUGUCUCUGUCACAAUGGCUUCAAGGCUACUGCUGACCAGACCAUGUGCAUGGACAUCGAUGAGUGUGACCGACAGCCAUGUGGCAACGGAACCUGUAAAAACACAGUGGGAUCUUACAACUGCCUCUGCUUCCCCGGCUUUGAGCUCACGCACAACAACGACUGCAUGGACAUAGAUGAGUGCAGUGUCUCUCAGAGCCAAGUGUGCUUGAACGGACAAUGUAUCAACAUACUUGGUUCCUUCCAGUGUCUCUGCCAUGAGGGUUUUGAGAAUACACCAGAUGGGAAGAACUGUGUUGAUAUCAACGAGUGUUCCAGCCUCCCUGGCACUUGUUCUCCAGGAACUUGUCAGAAUCUGAAUGGAUCCUUCAGAUGUAUUUGCCCUCCUGGCUAUGAGGUGCAAAAUGACCAGUGUAUAGAUAUCAACGAGUGUGAGGUGGAGUCCAACAUCUGCGAGUUUGGCACCUGCACCAACACCCCCGGCAGCUUCCAGUGCUCAUGCCUGCCGGGCUUUGUACUAUCUGACAACAAACGGCGUUGCCACGACACUAGAGAGAGCUUCUGCUUCACCAAAUUUGAAGCUGGAAAAUGUUCUGUACCCAAACCUUUCAACACCACCAAGGCCAAGUGCUGCUGCAGCAAGAUGCCUGGAGAGGGCUGGGGUCUUCCCUGUGAGCUGUGCCCACGAGAGAGCAAUGCUGCUUUUAACUCUCUGUGUCCCUACGGCCACGGAGCCCUGCCUGGACCAGAUGAUACUCGUGAAGAUAUGAAUGAGUGUCUGGAUAAUCCGGGCAUCUGCAAGGAUGGCAUCUGCAUUAACACGGAUGGUUCAUUUCGCUGUGAAUGCCCCUUCGGAUUCAACCUGGAUUACACUGGAGUCAACUGUGUUGAUGCUGAUGAGUGCUCCGUAGGAAACCCAUGUGGAAAUGGAACCUGCACCAAUGUGGUCGGAGGUUUUGAGUGUUUCUGCCAGGAAGGCUUUGAACCCGGACCCAUGAUGACUUGUGAAGAUAUCAACGAGUGCUCCCAGAAUCCUUUGCUUUGUGCUUUUCGUUGCAUCAACACUUUUGGUUCCUAUGAGUGCAUGUGUCCUGCAGGCUAUGUGCUGCGAGAUGACCAACGCAUGUGCAGAGACCAGGAUGAGUGUUCGGAGGGACUGGAUGACUGUGACUCCAAGGGUAUGACCUGUAAGAACCUGAUUGGUACCUUCAUGUGUAUCUGCCCUCCUGGCAUGCAGCGCCGACCAGAUGGAGAGGGAUGUAUGGACCUGAACGAGUGCCGCGCCAAGCCUGGCAUCUGUAAGAACGGGCGCUGUAUCAACACGGAGGGAAGCUACCGCUGCGAGUGCAACGACGGCUUUGAGCCAAGCUCCACUGGAACCGAAUGUAUUGACAACCGAAAGGGCUACUGUUACACUGAGGUUCUGCAGACAAUGUGUCAGCAGUCGUCCACCAACAGGAACAGUGUGACCAAGUCUGAGUGCUGCUGCAACACAGGCCGAGGCUGGGGCUUACAGUGUGAGCUCUGCCCCCUGCCUGGUACCGUACAGUACAAGAAGAUGUGUCCACUGGGACCUGGCUACACCACCGACGGUAGAGACAUCAACGAGUGUCAGGUGAUGCCAAACUUGUGUCAGAACGGUCAGUGUAUCAACACCAUUGGAUCCUUCCUCUGCCACUGUAAUAUGGGAUACAAAACAGACUUCACGGCAACCUCCUGUGUUGAUCUAGAUGAGUGUGCUCUGUCUCCGAAGCCCUGUAAUUUCCUGUGUAAAAACACAGAAGGCAGCUACCUCUGCUCCUGCCCGAGAGGAUACAGCCUCCAACCAGAUGGAAAGACCUGCAAAGAUCUGGAUGAGUGUUCAACCAAACAGCACAACUGCCAGUUCCUCUGUGUCAACACCAUUGGAGGCUUCACCUGCAAGUGUCCUCCUGGCUUCACCCAGCACCAGACUGCCUGCGUCGACAACAAUGAGUGUACUGCUCAGAACAGUGUGUGUGGUUCGCGGGGCUCUUGUGUCAACACACCUGGUAGCUUCAACUGUGAAUGCUCUAAAGGUUUCUCUUUGGACAGCACAGGUUUGGAGUGUGAAGAUGUGGAUGAAUGCAGCAACAACCACCGCUGUCAGCACGGCUGUCAGAACAUGCUGGGAGGUUACCGCUGUGGCUGUCCGCAGGGCUACGUGCAGCACUACCAGUGGAACCAGUGUGUGGAUGAAAACGAGUGUCAGGCGGGUUCAGUGUGCGGCUCUGCCUCCUGUUACAACACACUGGGCAGCUUCAAGUGUGUGUGUCCUUCAGGCUUUGACUUUGAGCAGGGCGGUGGUGGCUGCCAAGAUGUCAAUGAAUGUUCCUCAGGCAGCAAUCCCUGUGUCUAUGGCUGCUCUAACACCGAUGGUGGCUACCUGUGUGCCUGUCCCGGAGGUUUCUACAGAGCUGGACAGGGUCACUGUAUAACAGGCUCAGGGUUCCCAGGCCAGUUAGUGGAGGGCGAAGAUGAUGACAGUCUGUCACCUGAGGCCUGCUAUGAGUGUAAGAUCAAUGGAGGAGGAAAGAACGGACGACACAAGCGCAACACUGAUGAAAAUGACCUCAGCCAGGAGUCUGCAAUGAGUAUGGCCAGCAUUGACACAGAGGCCUCCAUCCCAAUGAACCUCUCUCUGGCCUCGCUGCGUAACAGAGAGCCUCUGCUAGAGUUUCUGCCCGCCCUGCAGCCUCUGGAGCACCAUGUACGCUAUGUCAUCACCCAUGGCAACACUAAUGAACACUUCCGCCUGUUGGAACGCCGUGAUGGAAAGAGCGUGCUCCAAUUCGGCAAGAGGUCACCUCCACCAGGAUCCUACCGGCUGGAGAUCACCAGUCUGCCACUGUUUGGGCCUCGAAGACUACACCAGCUGAAGGAGCAGCAUGACAAUGACUACCUACAAGGGGAAAUAGGAGGCGCCCUGCGCAUCAAGCUCCACAUCCACCUGCACUGAGUUCAAAGUGCGCUUGCAAUCUUGCUCUGGACGGAUUCCUAAAGCCUUUGAGUUUUAACCUGCCCUUCAAUCUAAUAACUCCUCUGACCAAGCUCCCCCCUGCAGGACCAUUCCCACCAACAGGGAAUAAUCCAAGGGCUAAGAAAGACUGAUCAGCCCGACUCUACCACCACUUUGUUACGUUCAUGUUAUUACACAGUAUGUUCAUGUUUAGUGUUUUUUUUUUUUUGCCCUGGCUACAUUUCCUCUUGCACCUCUCCACUCCUACCAGACCCAGCACUCAUUCCCCGCUGAGAGAUCCAGUGAAGGAGAUGGCAGAGAGGAGUCUUUGCUCUUGGACCACAGCACCAAAUAAAUAAUAAAUAUGUAUGAUGAUAUUUAAAUCACUGUGCUGGAUUUAAAAUGAUGUCUUUGGUCUUAUAAAGAAGUGAUAUUAACGCCAAAGAGAAGGUGUCAGGUGUCACCAUGGUGGUCCAAGGACUCUCACAUCUCUCUGUGAUCUUGCUAAAAAUCCCAACACUGGGGAACAAGGUUUAUCAUGUCUUUCCCUCUCGGUAUUGUACAGUGCCAUUAAUGUAUUUGUGCUGUUUUAAAAGAAAUGAUAACAUAAAGGACUGCAACAUUUACACAAUAUUUCAGGUUCUUUAGUAGUCUGUUUUAUAGCUGGAUACCAACCAAUUAUCAGAUACUGCAAGCUGCGUUCUGCUCUGUUGUGACUGUCUUUUGCCCUGCCUGCUGGCAGCGGCGAGCAGGGAUUAACAUGUUUGCGUGUGUGUGCUGUCAUGUUUAGUUACCUCAGAACUUUUUACCGAGUAUGGACGCCAUGCUGUGAUGCUGACUUUAAAACAAAAGAGGGUGCUAGUUUCCCUCAGCAUCCAUCAUGUGCAGGGAAUACACCAGUAUGUAGCCCAUGCUGUAGCUCAUAAGAAGAUAGACCAGGUCACGUUUGUAUUUAUCCUUUAAAGGGAUUAAGACUUGCACUGAUUCUGGACCUGAGAGCCAGCUUUUUCAUUAAGUCUAAAGUCUUUUUCCCUUGUUGGCUGUCAGAGGCUUAUAGCUUCUCCUGGUUCAGCACAAACCACAAACUAUUAAACAUAAAAGCUUCAGGAGAGCUUCAGCUGUAGCUGACAGCCUGGGCUGGGAGGCUGAACUUGACAAUAAGCUGACUUAAUCUGACUUCUUUGAAUUUACAUUGAUGUCUUUACCUCGAUGUCUGAGGGCUGAGCUUUGUUUACAACACAAAGAGACACACAGCUGAAUACAGUCAUAUUCUCAAAGGUACAUGACACAUUAACAUUACCUAAGCUACAACUAAGGGUGGUGCUUUACAGUGUAAAGGCACAUACAGGUCAAUGCAAAACCUCACAAUAACAAUAUAUAUGUAUCUGUCAGGUCAGCUUUAAUUUCUCAUGAUUUUUUUUCUCUUAAAGAGAAAAAAGGUGCUGAUAAUGCCAUCUCUUACGCUGUACAAUAAAAGUGCAGUCUUGAAUCUGGAUUGCAAAAAUGACUUUUUUUUUUUUUUUUUUUUUACUGUUGUCAUGUUUGUGUCUUUUGCAUUGUCUCAGUGCUGAAAAAACAAUAUUAUCAGACUUGCUUCUUAAAAAUUAAAAUGUAUAUUUUAAAGUGAAAUGUAGAUUUUUUUUAUGUCAAGGCUGCCAAAAUACUCACAGUAAAGCAAAGACUGAAGGCCUUUAGUGCUCCUGACUUUGCUUUGUUGAGGAAAAAAGAACCCAGACAUUUGUUGAUGAGUAAAUGAAUUAAAUGAAAAUACAAAUCAAGAAAGAAUCAAAUCAAAACAUGCCAGACUUUCAUUUAAUUAACAUUCCCAUUCUCUAUUAUCUCAUAUAAGCUUACACUGUCUGUGUGAUGCCAUAAGGAUCAAUGCAAAUUUGACUAUCAAGCUAUGGUGCUAAACUAUUUUUUUUUCUUAACAGUCAAAGUUGCUGCACUGGCCCACGGCCUAGGCAAUGUUUAGAAUACAUAACCAUUUUGUAACAUGGGAACCUUUGUAUACUUUGUAUCUUUAUUGUCCAUUUGUAAUUUUUCUUUUAUUUGCCUGUUUUUUUAAUGCAAUGUGCUUUCUGUGUCUCAGCUUCAGUGUUAAACUUGAAACAAUACUGUCUUCAUCAUCAUCUGUUUGCAUCAAAAUAUGUGCAUUAUAACUCAGAAAAGAACCUGAAGUUUCAGUAGUUUACAUGUCCAUAAUAAGCCUGACAUCUCUUGAUACCAGUGUAAUGGAAAGCAGAAAUGAUCCAGCCACACAUCUACUACCUAAAGAUCAAUAAAUCAAUCAGCCAUCAUUGAACAGCUUUUAAUAUCCUGUAUAUGAUGACCAAAGAUUUAUGACACCAAGUGGCAGUUUGUAAAAUUACAAUGAAUUACAAAAAUACUGUAAACUUUUGUCCAGUGACAU